UCUGAGUCCUCCCUGUCUAUGAGUCCUUCCUAUGAGUCCCUUCCUAUAUAGCUCGUCUACAUAAGCUUCCAGCACAGUUUACAUUGUCAAAACUUUAGUGAAGCUGUUAUAACGUAUCGUUGAUGCUACGUUUUUAUCUGACAAACUACGCUUACAGUCCAAAAUGUUAGAUGCCAAUGCAUCUGCAAGUGACACGGAUACGCUCGCUCGUGGAGAUGGGGAGAAGGAACUGCCUUUGUGUGAGUCAGAGGAGCAGGGUUUGAAACUGGUACCGGAGGUCAACAUGACCCCCUCCUCCAGGUUUCUGCAGGUUGAACUGGAGCUGAACGCCCACCUCCGUCGGCUCACCUUCAGCGAGCCUGUCCGGUACAUUUACAACCCGCUGGAGUACGCCUGGGUCACCCACCGCUGCUACGUGGAGAAGUACUGUCAGGGCGGACAAAGGAUCCUGUUUUUAGGGAUGAAUCCGGGACCUUUCGGUAUGGCACAGACCGGGGUCCCCUUUGGUGAAGUAAGGUCUGUUGUUGAUUGGCUGAAGAUCACAGGGGAGGUUGGUCAUCCUCAGGAUGAGCAUCCUAAGCGGCGGAUCACCGGACUUGCCUGCACUCAGAAGGAAGUGAGUGGCGCCCGUUUCUGGGGCUUCUUCAGGAAGUUGUGUGGCGAACCAGAACUGUUCUUCCAGCACUGCUUUGUGCACAAUCUAUGCCCGCUCAUUUUCAUAGGUGCCAGUGGGAAGAAUCUAACCCCCCCUGAGCUGCCUGCAGGUGAACGGGAGGCCCUCUUGGCCCUGUGUGACGUUGCACUGUGCCAGGCGGUGGAAGCAUUGGGCGUCUCCAUGGUGAUCGGGGUUGGAAGGGUGGCAGAGCAGCGGGCGCGGCGAGCUCUAUCAGCAGCAGGUGUCAACGUGCGUGUCGAGGGCAUCAUGCAUCCGUCACCCAGAAACCCACUAGCCAAUAAGGGCUGGGAGGAAGUAGCCAACGCCAAGCUGGCAGAACUUGGUGUCUUGUCACUGCUGAACAACAUGUGAGCUAUUCAACCUUCUCUGACACGUGCCUUCAGUUAUCAGUAGCAGCAUGGAUUGCGCUGACUCUGACAAUGGACCAUGGUGUGAGGAGUUUGAGUAAGAGACUACCGUUGCAUUCCAAUACCCAUACUUGCAUACUAUUUAGUAAGCCAGGAAAAGAUUUAGUAUGUCCCAAAUAAUAUGUCAAAGGCAGUAUGCUAAAAAUUCCAGGAUGUCCUACUGGAUGUCUUAUUGCUGUGUUCCAAUUGUAUGCUAACAUCAUGCAACACUACAUACUUUGUAAGGGCAGCUGCAGUACAUACUAAAGUAAAAAAGAAUAUGCAAUUUGGAAUUCAGCUUUAGUGUUUGUAAACACAUCUGUUCAGCAACUGCACAUUUUCUUCUGUAAAGAUCUGUCUGUUCAUUUUAAGAUGGCUUUUCUUUACAGUUCAGUGCGUGUGGAGCACGGCACUAGGCUGUGCAACAAACAAUACAGGUGUAUUGUGUAAAAAAAAAAAAACUAAUCACUAUGUUACUAUAAGGUGCUCUGGAUGUGCUUGUAAAUUUAUAGCUCAGGGUGUUUCAACUUUAAAUUCAGCCUGACCGCAGGCAUUACCGCCUGUCCCAAUAUGAUGAUGCAUAUUGGGACACACAAUGAACACUAAACAUGACAAUGAAAAUAGAUUCCAAAAUGCAGUACUGUGAAUGCACGUACUAGAUAUUUUAAUUUACCUUCAAAAGGUAUUAAUUUACCAAAUUAAACAAUUGUCAUUUUAACUUUAAAAACAAGGCAUUUUGCCUACCUACCUAUGUUUCCAAAAAUAAAUCCAUAAAGGUGCAGUCCAUACCUUACUGUCAGAAAUAUUCUGAUAUGACAAAGGUAUUUUGUAAAUAUACAGUUGUAUUGUUCAUGCUGGACCACUGUGCAAGACUUUUCUUUUAAAAAAAUCUUUUUAAAUUGUCUUUUUUUUUGGGGAUAAUGCAUUUUAUUUCUUUACACACAGAUUUUGAUCCAAUUCUGUGUAUUUCUGGGCUCAGCACUCUUGGUGUUUUAAUAAAUAUAGAGUAAUGAAAUAUAAAAAUCAUUAUCUCCCUCUGGUAAUUGAACGAUGAAGGCUUACUGACAACUAAGCAAGAUAUUUAGCAUGUUAGCAUGGUAAUAUGCUAAGUAAGGCUUAAAUUGAUGGGAAAUGAAUUAGUUUUAGCGGUAUCCCUUCAUGAAUGAAGUGGAGCCAGGUGAAACAAAAAAUGUGUCUUGUCGCAGUAGAAAAAAUAAAUAAAAAUAAUACAAUUAAUAAUGUCUGAAUUCCAUUUAGCUGCUACAGUGUCAGGGUCCUGGCAUUGUGCAUGCUGGCUCACUGUCACGGCUUCCUGGGACACUGGAAUAGAACAGAGCCAAUGUUAAUGGUAUUAUUGACAAGUGCUUUUCCUACUAUGACAAGCCAAAACAUGGUUUCUCUGAAAAGGCUAAGACAAAAUCAGUGGAGACCUUUGAAAGUAUAUUCUCUCAGCAGCUAUUGUCUGCCUACAACUAAAGGCAAGAACUUUGUAAGAAUUAGUGGAAAUUCUAAAAUAACAUCUCUUCAGGGCUCUGAGAUUAAGUCUGUAAUUCAAUAAAAGUAUCUGGUAAUUGUAGUUGAUGAUUCCAGCAACUAAUGAAAAAAAAUGAAUUUGAAAUUGGGUUUUUAUUUUAGAAACAAGUCUUUUCCUUCGAAGGCCUAAAGGAGACUUGUUGCUGCCAUCUUUAUGUCUGUGCUGGACUAUGGUGAUGUUGUAUACAUGUAUGCAUAUUCGCAAUGUCUACACUUGCUGCGUACUGUCUACCAUGGAGCACUGAUAUUUAUUACAAAUUUUAAAUCCCUUACCAUUGUUCUUUGUAUGCUUCGGUCAGAUGGUCUGCCUCGUCCCCCCGUAGAAUUAACCAUUGGCAUAUUCUUAUUUAUUUAAAGCUAUCUUUGGUCUGCUUCCAUCUUACAUACAUAUCUACAUCCUUAAAAAAAAGCAUGGAAAGUUAUUGUAUUCACUCCCAGGACUUAUUUUAGGACCAGGACUUAAUUGGGGAAAAUGGUGUUUAAGUCUGCUGCUCCUUCUGCUUGGAAGCAUUUGCAAAAUGACCUGAAUUAUCAGGAGCUGGUGUCUCUGGAUGGAUUUAAAGGAAUUCUAAAUGACUUAGAGGCAGGCACAUCUGACUGUAGAUGUUUUGAUUGAUUGAUCCCUUGUGUUAAUGACUUGUGAAGAAUGUUGAUGAAGGAUUUUGCUAUUUUAUGAUUCUGUAAUUUGUUCUUUGUUUUUCAAUUUUAAAUUGUUAUGCGUUUUGUUUUUGUGUCUGCAGCAUUGUUAAUUGUGAUGGUGCCUGUCUUGGCCAAGACGCUCAUGAAAAGAGAUUUUUAAUCAGGAUGAGACUCCCCUGGUUAAAUAAAGAAAUUAAUGAAAAUGAAAACUUCACCACCAGUCGUGACAUAACACAAUGAGCUGGAUCUGUGUUAACAUCAGAGCAACCUAUCACAGUAUUCAGCACCCAACAUACAUGCACUCAUCUAUCUUACGGUUUUAAUACGCUAAUGUACUGUAAAUCUCUAGUUUUCCAACUGUCUACCAUAAUAAUGGAUUUGUGCUUAUUAAACUACACUGCCAUCAAGCGUU